AUGAAGGUAUGUUUAAAACCAACUUUAACUUUAAUAUAUUUGGGUUAUUGACACAGGAGGUCUGCUGCUAAAGUAAAAAUAUAUCAUAUCAAGUUUUGUUGUUUGGCAGCAAUGAACAUUUGUGAUGUUCUAUACCGACCUGUGAUUUACACUUUCAUCGAAAAGGUUAACAGGGGCGGGCAAAAUCCAGAUCUGACAAAGUUUCAAUGGUUCCGUGUUUAUUAUCUAAAGUCAGCGUCAUUUCACUGCCAUAUAUAGGAAUUGAGAGAAGCUGCUUUAUCAUUUUCAUACUGUAGCCUUAGCACCUGUCCAUGUUCUCACCUGGUUCUUCCUCUUUCUCUCUGUGCUGCGAACCUAACGUCUAACAAACAGAUCAGAGCAUUUAAACUCGUUGUUGGGUUACUUACAAGAACAAUUGUAAUAUCAAACACAUUAGCUGCUUCCCUGAAAAUUUAAGUAUUUAACUUAAGACAAAUGUUAGCCUGAUACUCCCCCUUACAUUGUUCAUAACAUAAUACAAUAAUAAGAUUGGACUCAUACUUUGUGAUUAUAAAGGUCUUCUGGGCGGCGCAGACAUGUGGCACCUCUUUGGUUUUACUCUCUCACCUGAAUCUGGACACAGAGGAUAAACAUGAUGUCCUUACAGAUCUUCAGGGACUCUGUCAGUCUGACUGCUGACUGAGUCAAAAUGAAAGUUGGUUUCUCUAUUCCAGCUGGUGUCCGUCACCGUCCUCUUCCUCCUGGCUCCUCAGCUGAUCAGCAGUCAGCUCCUCCUGCCACUCGACUGUAGUGACAUCUAUAAUAAUGACAGCAGCCUGUCCAGUGGAGUGUACACCAUCUAUCCUAUAGGAUCCACAUCUGCUGUUCAGGUAGGCCACACCUUCUCUGGUCCAUCUGUACACGAUAAAACUGAGAGGAGAAGAUUAUCUCUAACAUGUUAGAUGAAUUAAAAGCUCUUAACCAUAGCAAACUUAUUUUAACAUGUUUUAACAGAGUUCAUUACAGGUCACUCUACUAUGUGAUCAGGAUACAGCAGUCUGGUAUCAAUAAGAUAAGAUGUUCCUUUAAUAGUCCUGCGGGGGUAACUUCCAAACUACAUAAGCAUGAAUACAGAUACAAAAAGAGGAAAAUUAAAGGAUAAAGAAACAAAAGAGUUAAAAUAAUCAACACACACGUGGGCCACCCAAAGUCUGAAGGAGCCCAGCAGAGGGCGCUGCACAACUAUCAGUGUUGUAUUUCCUACACCAAAUACUUGGAAACAUAAAAAAAGACCAUAUUACAAAGGUGAUGAUUUUCUGUUAGGGUUAAUAUAAACACACGGUUGAUGGAUAAGGAGUAUUAAUGCAGCUCUGUGUUUAGGUGUACUGUGACAUGGACUCUGAGGGAGGACGCUGGACGGUGAGUGUUAAAUAAUAUAAAUAUUCUUUAUUAUUGCUCGUUUCUGAUGACAAAGUUAUUUUACACAUGGAUCUUUUAAUAUUCAUACACUUUGGAAAAUAAAAUAGGUGUCCCCUUGAGUAAAUGCUUUUUUAUUUUUUUUAAAAGGGAAAAAAUUAAUGAAGAUUUUUUCCCUAAUGUAGCAGAAACAUCUUUAGCUGGUGACGUGCUCUCUGAGUGAGAUGAGAUCUAUUUUAGCUCCUGGUUAGAAGUUUGGAGGGUGUCUAAUUUUCAACUUUCAUUUCUCCAAAUCUGGACUAACAAUGUGUCUCUAAGGUUGUUGAUCAAAAUGUUUACCUGACUGACCCUCCACCUUGUUCCUCAGGUGUUCCAGAGGAGGAUAGAUGGCUCUGUGAACUUCUACAGACCCUGGGAUCACUACAAGAUGGGCUUUGGGACUGCUGCUGGAGAGUACUGGCUCGGUGAGAAAGGACACUGAGCAAUCACACAAUGGUUUACAAAGAUAUAACACCAAACUGUGACUUAAUUUUUUAAAGUGACUUAGUGGACAGAAGGGAAAAGUCACACAUGUUUAAAGUUCAUUUGAGCAGAUAAGAACUACAUGCACAAACUGGGUAUUCUGUAAAGCAUCAAUAAGGAAAAUCUGUGAAACUGAACUCAAAAUUCAGAUUUUGAGGGUCCAGGAGAGGUUUUCAUAAAUCCAAAAACGUUGUCACUUUGAUUGACGUCACAUUCAGAACAACCUUCAAUCUUGUUGAAACGUUAGAGUCAGCUCACAGAAGGUUUCGUGGAGGUGUGGAAGGACUUAUCUGUGCCUCGUGUGUGUGGUCACUCUCAGGUCUGGAGAAUCUCUUCCACCUGACUCUAAGGAAGAAAAACGAGCUGCUGGUCGACAUGGAGGACUUCAGUGGAAACAAAGCGUUUGCUCGCUACACCUCCUUCACCAUUGAUCCAGAAUCCUUCGGUUACAGCCUGCAUGUAUCUGGAUUCAUAGAUGGAGAGGCAGGUGGGUCAGCCUUAACUUUUUGUUUGUCUGAUAUCAAGGUGAUAAUGUCCUAACAGAUUACCUGCCAUAGAUUUUAAUGACAGUCACUAAUGACCAAACUCAAGUGUGAAGUUUUGGUGACACUGUUGGUUCUUUAGGUUGUUGUGCUGGUGUAACAUUUAAAUCGUCGUGACUUUGCUGUUGUUGUGUUUUGUAGGUGACUCCCUGAGUAAUCAUAAUGGACAAAAGUUCUCCACCUUCGACAAAGACCAGGACUCCUCAACUAGCAACUGUGCCAAAAAAUUUUUGGGGGCAUUCUGGUACUACAAUUGUCAUAGUGCAAAUCCAAACGGGGUUUAUCGUUGGGGGGCUGAUGGUACUAUCCUUGGUGUCGGAGUGGAGUGGUCAAGAUGGAAAGGCAACAACUACUCUCUGAAGAGCAUCAGCAUGAAGAUCCGUCCUGUGCAGUAGUUAUCCAGGCUGAACCAAACCUGUGGUUGAUCAGCCUUGAAUCACUUCUGACCUCCAGAGGGAAAAAUAAAAAAGCUCUCAGACUGUGUGAAAGCAGUUGCAAGAGGAGACCAAAACCAUGGUCAAUGGGUUUCUAAAACAAGUUCUGUUGAAGUUUGAAACCCUGAUGUGAUAAUAAAUGAGCAGCUGAACAAAGUCUGUACUGUGUCCACUGUCUCCUUCUGUCCAGACUCUCAGACAGAGAGCAACAGACAAGAGCAAGAGCCACAACAUCGGUACAUUGUCAAGGGGACAAUGGCUUGAAAGAAAAGCUGAGGAUUGACAGAAGUUUCCAGUAAAGACCCCCAGCCAUAAAGAGGGGGGUCCAGGGUUGUUGACAGUUUGGUAAGUGUGAAAAGCAAUAAUGCCUCUGAACUAAUGAAUGAGAAUGAGUUAAGACCCAACUAAACUAAGACUGAACCCCAAUCCCAAUGAUGUUAGGACUAAUUUUUUUGUAAAUAUUCACUCAUUUUGAGUUUGAUGCUGUAACUUGUCCCUAAAAACCUGGUUUAGGGUCAUGUACCACUCCCAGUCAGCCUUUGGGAACAGAGGACACUGAUUGUUGAAGCUUUGAUGAUGAAUCUUUUAUAGUCUUGAUUGAUGGACCACCUCAGCUGAUAAAUAGUCCAGGGUCUCCACUGUGGUAUUUUGUUGCUUCAAAAGGAUCCACAUAUGUUCAAAGGGGCACAGGUCUGGACUGCAGGCAGGCCCAUCUAGUACCUGGACUCCUUGACUCUGAAGCCACACUGGUGUAACUCAUGCAGAAUGAGUCUUGGUGUUGUCUUGCUGAGGGUCCACCCGGCUUGUUCUCAUCUCCCAGUCCAAAUCCAGCAUCCCUGAUGGUACGGGGACCAUCAGAGUCCAUGUCAUGGGUAUCUUCUACAUAUGUGAAAGCUCCAUUAAUGCUGAAAAAUAUCUCCAGGUUUAGGAGCAACUUCUGCUGCCAUCCAGACAAAGACUUUUUCAGAGAAGACCUUCAUAUGAUCCCAAACCACAUUCUGACAGCAGGGAUUUCAACAGCAUGGCUCUGUAGGAGAAGAGUCCUGCUGAGAAACUGGACUGAUGCAGUCCUGACUUGUCCCCCAUUGAAAACAUUUGGAGCAUCAAGACCCCCCAAAACAGGACCAAGGAGACCCUGAACUGUUGAGCAGCUGAAAUCUUCUAUCAGGCCAGAAUGGGACAACACUUGACUGUCAGACUCCAGGACCUGGUCUGCUGGGUUCACUAAUGUCAACAGAGGGUUGGGAAAAAAAAAGAGCUGACGACACAUGAAGGGAAACAUGAACAUGUACAGGUUCAUUUGCUCUUACUGGACGUUGGACUAAAGACUAAAGCAGUUCCCGUAACUAGACCCACCCCUCACCCCAUCUGUUAAUUCUGCCAACAGGUGGGUAGAUGAUGUUAACGACUCAUGACCUGAUCAACAUCUCUGUUUAACAGUUUUGUAAUCCAAAGGCACACACAGACUCUUUUCAAACCAUGUCACGUACGUCCAGCAGUUCUGUUAUUUAUUCACAUUUAUCAAGGACAAUGAAGAUAAACAAACCCUGCUUGAUAAAGCCCAGAGAAAUCAGAAGAUAGACAUUCUGAGAUCAAGAGCUUCAUCAGCCACCUUCAGCAGAAACCUGACCAUGAAGGUACGUUUGAGAUAAACGUCAACUGUGGGUCCACUAUUUCCUAGGGGUUAUAGAAGUAUGCAAUUUCUAAAAGACAUUUGGUUUGAUGAUACAGGUUCACUAAAUUUCACAUUCAAAUGCCUACUGUUGGUUUUUGCCCUUUUGGAUUUUAGAGUUUGACAUUUUCCAAGUAAGUUUUUGUUGCUUUUAAUUUAGUUUAUUUUGAAUAAAUCUUUUUGUCGUCCUGCAUUUGGGUCCUUUCCUUUUUGUGUAACUCAAAAAACAUUUUCAUUGACAGCCUUUUUGACUGGCGCAGCACAUCACUUUAUGCUUUCUGAUUCAGUGGACUUCAUUAAGUUUUAAAAAAAGGUGUAGAGUAGAGUGGGGGGUUGAUUCAGUGUGCUUUGAGACCAGCCUUUACAACACGCUGCAAUAAUGGGCUCAGGGACUCUGUCGGUCCGACUGCUGACUGAGUCAGAAUGAAAGUUGGUUUAUCUGUUCCAGCUGGUGUCGGUCACCGUCCUCUUCCUCCUGGCUCCUCAGCUGAUCAGCAGUCAGCUUGUCCUGCCACGCGACUGUAGUGAGAUCCACAAUAACACCAAUGGCCUGUCCAGUGGAGUGUACACCAUCUAUCCUAUAGGAUCCACGUCUGCUGUCCAGGUAGGCUUGUUGAUCUGCAGAGGUGCUGACACAGGUAGUGCUGGACGAUAAUUCGAUAACAAUAUAUAUCGAUCGAUAGACGUGUGGUGCGAUAGAAAAAAAACGGGUCGAUAAAAAGUUCGAUAGAAAAACACAGUUUCCCUUUCUUUUUCAUCAUAGCCUAUCAUGUAGCUUUUACGACAGUCAUUACUUCCUCCCAACCAAUCACAAACGCAGACCCAGGUACGCUACGGCACCAAGCCCAGCCCCUAUCAAACCACAACAGACAGCACGUGUAUUAGAAAAAAUGAUACAGCAAGGAGAAGCGGAGGACAUUGUCCCGAUAAAAGGUUUCAGUAGUUCACCAGCAUGGCAAUGUUUUGGUUUUUAGAAGUCUGACAAAAAGCGAACAGCGGUCGUUUGCAAAAUUUGCAGAGAAUUAGUAAAAACCAAGUCUGGUAACACAACCAACUUGUUUUACCAUCUAAACCGAUCGCACCCGCAGGAGUACGAGCUGUGUCGGCCGCGCCGCGGCUCCACGUUAUCGUCGGAGGAAUCCUCUGGAACCGCUGCCAGCACCAGCACAAAGCAAGUGAAGCAGACCAAACUGGACUUCGUUUCUUGCCAAAACUACGACAAAGCGUCCAACCGGCAUAAGGACAUCACCCAUGCAGUAACAUGCUCCAUAGCGAGGGACAUACUACCAAUAACUACCGCUGAAAAGCCUGGCUUCGACCAGCUUCUAGCCACUCUCGACCCGCGAUAUGAAGUGCCCGGCCGCAAGUAUUUCUCAAACACAGCGCUUCAGGCAUGAAAAUGGGUCAGGGGUUGAAAAGGUGAGAAGGGUGCGGAGGAAAUGCGUUCAAAUGAGCUCAUGUUUUACAAAGACGCGAGUAUUUGGAUCAUGGCUACUAGCAGGGGGUGCAUUCGGCAGGGGUGCAUUCUACGACACAACACCGGCGUGGAUAAGUCCUGCUUCUCGUGCUUAGUUUGUGUAUUAAGUCAAUCACAUGAUAAUCAAAAAAAAUAAAUCUCCCGACCCCGGGAGAAAUAUUUCAGUGUUCAGACACCAGGCUGUGGGCAGUUUCCCACACAGUUAAAACUGGUAGUAUGCUAUUCCCACCUAAAGCUAUUCUGUUUAUUUAUAUAUUUGUUUGUUUUGUUUAUUUUCAUCAAAACACUAUUUAAAUAUUUAUUUAUCAGAUUUUCUGGUCACUUUAGUCUUUAUGUUUGUCAGUAUUUACUGACGUCACUCAGGCCACUUAAGUUGAUUUCUUUUUUUUUUUUUAGUUCUUUUUUAAAAAACUUUCAGUUGUGGUAAAAUAAAAAAGGUGGUUGAAUAAAGGUUUGAAUUUGAAUUCAGUGCUUGUGUGUUCUUUAUUAAAAGUAGGUCAUUAAGCAAUAGCAUAAAACAUCCAGGGCUGCAAUUAAAAUAUAUGUUAAAUAAUUAUAAUAAUUAUAUCGAUAAUUAUCGAUAUCGAUCAAUAUGGUUUAUUUUUUAUCGAUAUGCUUUUUUUCUAUAUCGUCCAGGCCUAGACACAGGUCACUUUGUUUGGUAUCAUGGAUUUACUUUUAUGGGUGUGUGUGUUUAGGUGUACUGUGACAUGGACUCAGAGGGAGGACGCUGGACGGUGAGUAUUUAACCAAAAUAGCGAUGUCAGAUGUCUUGUGUGUCAGCUGACUGACCUCCACUUUGUUCCUCAGGUGUUCCAGAGGAGGAUGGAUGGCUCUGUGAACUUCUACAGACCCUGGGAUCACUACAAGUUUGGCUUUGGGACUGCUGCUGGAGAGUACUGGCUCGGUGAGAAAGGACACCAAGUAGUUGUGUUGACAAUUCAGAAAGCUAAAACAUGAAACUCUGAUGUUGUUAAAGCAACUUUCUGAUCAGGAGGGGCAGUUUUAAACUGUCCAAAGGUUAUUUCAGCAGCAAAGAAGAACUGCUCAGAUUAACUUAAACAUUAUUCCAAAGGGAAAACCACUCAAACCGCAGAGGCAAUCAUAGAGACAGAAAAAAACAAGACCAUCACAAAGACAAGCCUGUUAUGAAACCAGGCUUAUCUAGAAAUAAAAACAGCUGCUCCCAAGAAGCUGACAAAUAACUGAAACAACCAGGAAGACCCAGAAGAUCACUCUAAAACUCAAAAGGAAUGGGGAGCCAACCAGCCCUGCUUAGAAGACACCAUCCUCAAUACGGCCACUGAAAGGGGACAACAAAUCUCCUAUCAGGCCUGUGGUGCUGAUGGAGCCACAGAGAGGAUCUGUCUUCACUAGAGUACAGGAGCGAGUGAGUCAGCAUAGGGAAUUGGAGCCCCAGACACUAUAUAAGCUCCUCGCACCAGCUCCCCAUCAGGAGCAAUCAUAACUCACAGUCCUGACUCCAGUGACAACCAAACUCACUGACUAGCCAUAAAGGAGUGCCCCCAUAGACUGUAUAUAGAAUGGACAGUGUCUGCCUCCUCGCUGGGUGAAGUUACCCCAAGAACAGCACCCUCCAUUGACGGGCUGAAGUAUAGGUCAUAAAUCCCGCCUCCGCCAGCAAAGCUUAUGGAGCUGUGGACAAACUUUAUAAAUGAAUGACACAGAACAUAAAUGUUUCUCCCCCCUGGUUGUGAUGUUGACAUGUAGUUACUGUCAGACUGGUUUGUGCUCAAGUCCUUUUUUUUCUGUGAAGCUCCGUUUUUAAAAGUUAUUAGGGGUUCAUGUUUUCUAUGAUUGACACCUGAUACAGCCUAUUGGCGUUCAGGGAUUGCGUAGCUCACCGUUUGAGCCGAUCGUCAUCACAGCAACUCUCGGCGACUCUCCUGCCGAAUGCGUACAACGCUACUGCGCAAUGCUGGUUUCAGGAAAUGAAGAAAAGUCCCGGAAAAACCGAAAACUUUUUGGCUUCAAAUCCGUAUACAGGUGGUAGGUGGAACCAAGUUGUCCAUGGUAUAUACAGUCUAUUAGUGCCCCUAUCUACAAUACAUACACAACCCUCCAGCCUGGCCUUAAAGAUAAUUUAACUCACAGCAGGAGGUGGUGGUGGUGGUGUGGAAGAUUUUUGAACUUAUCUUUCCCACAUGUUUAUGUGUGUUGUCACUCUAAGGGCUGGAGAAUCUCUUCCACCUGACUCUGAGGAGGAGGUACGAGCUGCGGGUCGACAUGGAGGACUUCAGUGGAAACAAAACGUUUGCUCGUUACAAUGCAUUUGCCAUUGACUCAGAGACUGGUGGAUACUGCCUGCAUGUUUCUGGAUACGUAGUUGGAGGGGCAGGUGGGUCAGCUUCAACUUUUUGUUUGUCUGAUAUCAAGGUGAUAAUGUUCUAACAGAUUACCUGCCAUAGAUUUUAAUGACAGUCACUAAUGACCAAACUCAAAUGUAAACUUUUGGUGACACUGCUGGUUCUUUAGGUUGUUGUGCUGGUGUAACAUUUAAAUCAUCGUGACUUUGCUGUUGUUGUGUUUUGUAGGUGACUCCCUGGAAUUUCACGAUGGACAAAAGUUCUCCACCUUCGACAAAGACCAGGACGCCGUGGAAUACAGCUGUGCCAAACUCUUUUUGGGGGCAUUCUGGUACAACAAUUGUCAUAGUGCAAAUCCAAACGGGGUGUAUCGCUGGGGGGCUGAUGGUACUAUCUAUGCUCUUGGAGUAGAGUGGUCAACAUGGAAAGGCCAAAACUACUCUCUGAAGAGCAUCAGCAUGAAGAUCCGUCCUGUGCAGUAG